GCGCAGUCUCACUCUCAGUUUGCAGUCAAUCGUCGCGCGCGCAUGCCGCUGCCGCCGUCGUAGUACAAUUCGCGUGGAAAUUGCUUCCGCGCAAAAACUUCGCUCGCACGUUCUACAACCCGCGAAAACUCAGACAACCUUGUUCUAGUGAUAACCUGAUACUCUCCAACUCUUAGUGCGAUUUGUGCUGUGUUUUGCGCAAGUUUACAAGUGUUUGUGCAUUGAGUUUUGUAUCUUCCGGGAUUUGCGGGAAAAUUGUGAUAACAAAACUUGGAAAAUCUCCGGAAAAACUUUUCGGAAACUGGUUUGACAAGCGGAUGUCGCCGCGGGCGCAUCGAGUUGCCCUCUCCAUCUCCCGCCCGCCGCCGCUCCACUCAUGAGGUGGUGGAGCGUGGUGUGCGCCGUCGUAAUCGCGUCUACCACCGUUUGGGCUGAUACAGUAUCAUCAAGCAACAAUGGGACGGUGACCACAGCAGUGAGCGCAAGCGUCCUGGGAGCGGGGGACGCUGCGCUCGCGCUUCGUGAAGUCGCCAUGUUGGUCCUGCGAGCGACUGGCGUGGUGGCAUUACCCGCUCCCUCGCCCCCCGCUUGUGUCGUGCCCGACGACGCGGCUUGCCUGCAAGGAACUCUCCGAGCUCUGACUGCAGGAACAGCAACGGUAGCAAUAGUUGCCGUUCCAGCGGGUGCCGCUCCAUCCGCGUGGGACCUUCGUGAAUCCGGGAUUCAAGAACUGGGAGAGAUCACUGCCCCCUCCCGUCGCGCGUGCUUGGCCACAAAGCCCCCAGCUCGCUCACUGCUCGACCUGACUGACAGCACCCUCGCUGCGAAGUAUCAUAUACCUGAUGAAGAAAUCUACAGCCAAAUUCGAGAACUGGAGCACAAUUUCACUAUGGAAACAUGCGAUGAAACAUAUUGUAACGGCACUUUAACCCCAGAUUGGUGCAAAGACUAUACUUGCGCAACCUUGCUAACGAGUGGAGAUGCCGAAGCAAAAGUAAUGUGGCGAGAAGUUCUGAAUCACCGCCUGUAUGCUACUGUACGGCCGCUUGGAGAAUACCUUUCAAACGUCUCGUCAGCUCUGUCUUCGAGAUCUCUUAUUGCAUGUGAUUGGGCCCCGGAAGUGUUUGGGCUUAGGACACUCAAAGCGGAAACACUCGGUCCGCCACCAUGCAUAUCACCACAGCCAUGUCCUUUCGAAACGAGACGUAUUGUCACCUUUAUAAAUAUUCGCGAGUUAGCAAGAGCACCAAGCGCCGUACGUGCCCUCGUCAGGCUUGAUAUCUCAAAAGAAGACAUGCGGAAACUCGCAGAAGAUGCUUACAAUCAAGGUCCGUCGAAGGCAGCGCGUUUAUUCUUCGACGCAUUACCAACCAGUGUACGUACCAGUGAAGUUCGCGUUGCGGUUCUAUUGCCGAAUGACACGAGACGAGAGAUAUACGACGGUCGGGCGAUUGCUGCUGCGGCUGCAUUAGCGGAAGAGGUCUUGGAAGAAGAGUGGCAACAACUUACAGUGCGGUUUAAGGUGGAGACUUUCGACGACAAAUGUCACACGCAGCGAGCUUACAAAUACAUGCACGACGCUCCGGCUUCGAGUGAGUUUGGAGCACUAUCAGCUCUCGCUGGUCCAGCCUGCGGAGCUGCCUGGGCCGAUGUAGCGCGACAGAGUCCAGCGCAUAAUCUGCCACUACUGGCUUACACUCCGCAAGCACCGGCGUCUACAUCGCAUGAUAAUACAGACACAAAGCUACAAAUCCUAGCAGCUGGAGACGCCAGAGAAGCUGCAUCAGCGCUUGCCGAUUUUAUGAGUCGUCAGGGCUGGCGAAGACUGGCAGCGUUAAGUGAACCGGCCACACGACCGCUUAUAGAUGCCAUUCGACUGCACGUCAAACUUGAGGUUCAUGUCGAAAUGCCAGAGAAUGACUCUUUUGUUGACGUCGGUGUUAUUCAACAGUGGGCUUCAAACGCAGCAAAAGAAAACGCACGCAUAUUCUACCUGUGCGUGGAAGACGCUAGAGUAACUCGUGCAGCUUUAUGCGCCGCCCGCGCUUUCGGACUCACGCCUGGCGCAGGCGUGGUGUGGCUUCUAUGCAACACACAUAAAGCCGAUUGGUUGAAUUCGAAACCUCACGAGAAUUGCACUACGAGGGAGUUAGAGGAGAUGGCCGCAGGUCACUUCACAGUGACACCAGAGUGGGCAUUGAAGUGGGAAAAUAAAACACUGAAUGUUAGCGACGAACGACGAGUGUGGGAGAAUCGGUGGCGCACGUAUUGUCGCCGACUAGCCCUUGCAUCCUCAGGAAACACAAUUGCCUGUGACUCUGCACCGGGACCAACUAUCGCAUUAUUAUACGACAUAUUGCGCCAAUGGGCAGCUGCACUACGCAAUUUUCUACAAGUUCAUCCUACAGCCGUGGAUGACUUACACAAUCUACUACACGUCAAAUACAUUACAAACAACAUGACAAAGAAUGCAUUCACUGGGCUGACAGGCCCCUUUGAGUGGACAACUACAGAUGGUGCUUACUCUCGUAUCGGUACCACAAUACUCUCCCAAUGGAAUCUAAAGAUAGGUGCGCGUAAAGUAGGAACGUGGGCAAAGGGAUCCCUGGAUUUGGAUAAUUCAGCUUUAAAAUGGUAUACAACAGACGGACGUAAACCUGACGACGGAAGCGAGAGAUGUGCUCUUCAAGGAUUCGCAGAUAUCUUACAUGCUGACUGUCGGACAGCGUUUGUUGCAUUAGGAGCUUUACUAGUGGCAAUAUUAAUACUUGCAUUGGCGGGCACCGCUAUACACUGCAAAAGGCGUGCCGAGAGAGAGUAUCGCAAACGACUGCAAGCUCUAGGUAUGCGGCCUUUAGCAAAUAAACCCCCUGGACUCGAUCGUUGGGAGAUCCCAAGAGAACGAGUAGUUAUUAAUCGUAAACUAGGCACAGGUGCCUUCGGAACAGUUUACGGUGGCCACGCGCUCCUUGCCGAGGAUCGUGGUUGGAGCGCUGUUGCUGUCAAAACUCUUAAAGCAGGUGCGACUACUGAAGAGAAGCUAGACUUUUUGUCCGAAGCUGAAGCCAUGAAGCGCUUCGACCACAAAAAUGUAGUUCGAUUAUUAGGUGUAGUGACUAAAACUGAACCAGUGUGUACAGUGAUGGAGUUCAUGUUGUAUGGUGAUUUGAAAAACUAUUUACUGGCUAGAAGACAUUUGGCUAUGGGUAGUGGGGAGGAAGAAUCUGAAGGGCGGGAAGUAGACGAGGCAUCCCCGCGCCGUCUGACUGGGAUGGCCUUGGAUGUAGCCAGGGCGUUAUCUUACCUCGCUCAAUUACGCUACGUUCAUCGUGAUGUAGCGGCACGAAACUGCUUGGUGAGCGCAAGGCGAGUCGUCAAACUCGCUGAUUUUGGGAUGACACGACUUGUGUUCGAGAAUGACUACUAUCGAUUCAGCCGAAAAGGCAUGCUGCCAGUGCGUUGGAUGGCUCCAGAAAGUUUAGCAUUGGGAGUAUUCUCACCUGCGUCUGAUGUCUGGUCUUUUGGAGUUUUAUUGUACGAGAUUGUGACAUUCGGUUCGCUGCCUUUCCAAGGACUAAGCAACUCUGAAGUACUGGGGCGUGUUAAAGCUGGACAUACUCUUGACCUUCCGCCCGGACUGAAGCCUCAAUUGGAGGGUCUCAUCAAAUCCUGCUGGCAGCAAGAUCCCAAAACAAGACCGACGGCAUCGGAGCUGGCCGCGUUCUUAGCAGACGCGCCAAGACUUCUCUCGCCAUGUCUAGACGUGCCCCUAGAUGCUUUACCUCUCGAUGCAGAUCCACCGUGGAGACUACCUCGUGAUCAGGCUGAGGCUCGUUGGGUAUCCUGGGCAGCCCCUGCAUCAGCGGCAACAGACACCACAUACCUAAGCACAGAUGGUGCAUUGCCGCUCGACACAGACAGUUUUCUACCCUGAGAGAUCUUGGAGCAUUUUAACCCGUGAUCUGACAAAAUACCAGGAACAAUAGAUUGUCUAUUGUUUCUUGUAUAGAUUCGCGUACCAACAUUUUAUGGGUUACGCCAAAUCGCCAGAUUUUCGGUUACCGACAGGCUUUCUAUAGCAUCAGCUAUGACAUGAAAGAGUGUUUGGUUUGCAAUAAACAAGUUCCCAUGGAUCAUAUGUGAUCUGAGACUGCAUUGCGUUUAAUCGAUUAGUAAAGGACGCCGUGUUGUGGACACUUCUGUGUUUCGUGUUCGUUCUGUUUUUGUAAGGAAAUGAAUCUAUUGUGUUUAUGGGACUAAGCACAUUCAUGCACUGACCGGAGCUGGCUAGUGCAUAAAAUGUGCUGUAGAAGCAGUGACUAUGAUUUGUGGGUGUAAAAGUGAUGUUUAUGAUUAGAUUUAUGAAGGUUGACAAGUUAAUACAGACUGUUUAUAUUACUCAAUGUAGCAUUUUAGCAAACUUGUAACUGUGAUAUAAGAACGUAAUAAGUAACACAUACUAGCUAAAAUGAUACCCUCGUAAUUAUAAGUGUAAAUGUUUCUUUACAAUAAUAGCACAAUUUCAUAGAGAGAUAGUUUAUUAUAUUUGAUGGAUCAAAACUUGUUUUUAAUAGUUCUUAUAUAAAUAACAAAGGCGUGUAAGGCGUAGGCGUAUUUUAAUACACACUACCUCUCUUCACUUCAACGUUGCUGUGCCCUACAGGGUCCAUGUUUUAGCUCCUAUGCCUAUGUAACACCCCAUUGUACUACAUGGAAUGCAAUAAAUAAUUGAGUAUUGAAUAUACGCACAAUACAAAUAAAAAUAAAAGCACAAAUGGAAUUUGCUCAUGAUAGCAUUAUUUAUUAUAUAAACAGCUACUAGUUGGUAUUUAUAAAGCUCAAAAAAUAUUACCAAAGGUAUACUUCAACAAUUGUACAAAGUUUUCUGUCACUUGAUUAUUUAUUAUUUAAAUGUCAUUUAUUUGACGUAACGGGUUAAGUGGUAAAUCGCACACAAGAAAACUGCCACGAGUGCCAGUUGACACUUGUACCAGAGUUAUGUGGGCGACUUGCUCGAAUCUAGCGAUAGAUAAACAAACAGUCUGUGUUAAUUUGUCAAGCGAAAUUGGGACUGAAAAAUAUAAAAGAUGAUUUAUGUGAAGGCUGCCUAUAGCUAAAUAUAUCAUUCCAACAAUUUAUCUAGUCAAUCUACAGGUAGUUUAGUGGUUGUAAAUUUUUGUAAAUAAACUAUAAUUUACUAAUGUGUAAAAAAUUCUAGUUGUAAAUAAACAUUGUUAUAAAGUUGGUA